CUAUGACAACAACCCUGUGACAAACCGACGCUGUGUGCUUUGGCUUGAGGAACAAAUUUUCUAGGAAACCGAGCAAAAUGGAUUGAUCGUGUAAUUACAGGAAGAGCAUGGAGAAUGAUGAAUUUCCGUCAGCGGAUGGGGUGGAUUGGUGUCGGACUGUACUUGCUGGCCAGUGUCGCUGCAGUGUAUUACAUAUUUGAGAUCAGCCAAACAUACAACCGACUUGCAUUGGCACAAGUGGAAAAAACAUCUGGAGCGCAGGCAAAAUGGCCAGGAGACGCUUCAUCCUCUUCCCCUUCUUCAACCUCAUGGAUAGUAACUCUGAAAACGAGACUUCUCCUCUUGCCCUUCUGGGUUUGGGCCACCAUUUUCCUCCUUCCCUAUCUGCAGGUGUUUCUCUUUCUCUACUCCUGCACAAGAGCGGAUCCCAAGACUGUAGGAUACUGUAUUCUGCCCAUCUGCCUUGCUGUCCUCUGCAACCGUCACCAAACUUUCACAAAGGCCUCCAAUCAGAUCAGCAGACUGCAGCUGAUUGACACCUGAAGAUGUGGGAUCAGAUCUUGGUGCCAUGUAGUUUGGUGACUGUGGGGUUGAACGAUACAAAAGUGCAUUCAAUAAUUGUUUAUUUUUUUCAGUCCUGACUUCUUUUUCUUUCUUUUUUUUGGUUAUAGGAGUUAAAUGAGGACUAUAUUUAGGACUUUUCUGUGUUUUUUCUUUACAAAUGAAUUGUUCCACACCAGUUUUUAUUGUGUAUUUUUAGCACUACAGACUACAGGCUUGUGAUGUUUCAUACUGCAUCCUUUCAAGCCAAAUGAUGUAAGUGGUCUGCAUUUUCAUUGAUUAGAUUUAUUAAAGAGGAUCCACAAGUGUUUUCCAUGUCAGCACAGUGUAAGGUACUUUUUAGAUGUUUAAUUUACGUUGAAAUAAAAUGACUUUUAUAAUUUAAAUAAAAUUUGAUAAUUGAAGUCCAAGUCGCCUAAAUGGAGUCUGUUAAGCCAUGGUCUAAGCUUUGGAGAAUAUUGUUGGGACCGCAUGCAGAACUCUGAUGCUAAACUACUUGAAUUACACUUUUAAUUGUGAGUGGACUGACUAGAAAUCAAUAUGAAUAAAGAUGUGUCAAUGUAUACAAGUAUAUAUGUUUCCAUAGCAUGAGGCCAAUGGAUUUGUAGUGUCACUUUAAUGCUUCAGUUGUUGUUUGUUUCAACUCCAGCAGACAUUUUGUUAGUGGAAAAUAUGAGAACUAGUUCCACUAACAGGAUGUGUUUUCAUUUCUUUAAACCAGUGUCUGAUUUGUAUUGAUUAUAAAAUGCACUCAAGGAAGGAAAAAUGUAAAAUAAGGAAACAUUUGUAUUAAGAACAAUCAAUCUAUGAUGAAUGCAUUUGAAUAACAGUAUUUCUGUACGAUCAAAUAUGAUUUUCUGUCAGCUCUUAAAAGUAUUUUUAUGCAAUUCUGUUUGACAAACACUAAUUAUGUUUCACCAUAGUGAUAAUCGAGUGUCCUCAGAGAAAAUACAUAAGUGUGUUUUGCAAAGCAAGUUCUUGACAUUCAUUGUUUGUUCGUAAAAGUAGUGCACUCAAUCUCAUGUCUUAUUGUGGAGGGAUAUCAGUAUAAUUUUAUAGCGUGAAUUAUCUUAUCUUUAUAAGAAAUGCAAAUGGUUCUUUAAAGUUGUUGGGUGUGGUAGAGUUUAACACAAGAUUCAAGCUUUAUAUAAGCCUGUACCACAGAUGUUUUAAAUGGCUUCUUUGUGGAAAUAUUGGGUCAUAUUUGGAUUAUUCAUUCAUUUGUUAAAAUGUUGAGUUUUUUUUACUCAAAGGGCUUGUCUGUGAAUUUUUAAUGAUGUUUAUUGCGUAUUUGUUAAUAACUUUCCAUUGCAAUCUCAAAACACUGUGGUUUGAAACAAGUCUGGAUUCUGAUGAAAUCAAUAAAGAAAUGUGCCGAGUGUA